UGGUAAUUUCUCUUAUUAUUUUAUAAUUUUUAAAAUUUAUUUCUGAAUAUUUAUGUUUUGACGGAGACCGGCAAGAUGCCUGGGGAUAUUAUCAACACAAAAUUUAUUCUCCAUUUGGCUGAAAUUUAAGAUCGUGAUUACUGGAGUUCUAUUCUAUCGGGCGUGGAGUCUAUCAUUAGAAUUUGUGGAAGAGGGCUUUGAAAAUCCAUUGAAAAAUGGGGGUUAUGUCGAGACGGGUUGUACCUGUCUGCGGUAACCUCUGUUUUUUCUGUCCUUCAAUGCGUGCGAGGUCAAGACAUCCUGUGAAACGAUACAAGAAGUUGCUAACUGAGUUAUUUCCGCGAAAUCAGGAUGCUGAACCAAACGAUAGAAAAAUUGUUAAGCUUUGUGAAUAUUCUUUGAAGAACCCAUUACGAAUUCCUAAGAUUACUGAUCAGCUAGAGCAAAGAUGUUACAAGGAUUUACGUAAUGAGAACUUUGGAUCUGUAAAAGUUGUGGCCUGCAUCUAUAAGAAAUUGUUAUCGUCAUGUAAAGGGCAUACACCAUUAUUUGCCAGUAGUUUAUUAGGGAUUGUUCGGACCCUUUUGGAGCAAACUCAACAAGAUGAAAUGCAGAUUCUGGCUUGCAGUAUUCUUAUCGAUUUUAUUAAUGGUCAGAUGGAUAGUACAUACAUGUUCAACUUAGAAGGUCUCAUUCCUAAACUCUGUCAAUUGGCUCAAGAAGUGGGAGAUGAUGAAAGAGCCUUACGCCUACGUGCAGCUGGAAUGCAGGCUCUCGCAAACAUGGUGUGGUUCAUGGGUGAGCAAUCACAUAUCUCAAUGGACUUUGACAAUAUUAUUUCAGUGAUUUUGGAGAACUACCUUGACCUUCAAAUGAAACCAGAGGAUGGUAAGGAAGCCAGACAACGUUCUCAAUCUCAGGACCAGUGGGUUCAAGGAGUGCUUAAAGAAGAACCUCAUGGCUCAUCUUUUCCAGAUAUGAGUAAGAGGGUUUCUUCUCUACGGAAUCCUGUGACUAAACCUGAUUUGUAUUCAACAACUGACACUUCCAAGUGCUCCUCUUACUGGUCCAAAGUUUGCUUGAAUAAUAUAGCCCGGUUGGCUAAGGAAGCUACAACAGUCAGGCGUGUGCUUGAACCCCUUUUCCAUCAUUUUGAUGUUGAAAAUCACUGGUCAUCAGAUACAGGAGUUGCCUGUUCUGUUAUAUUGUUCCUGCAGUCACUUUUGGAGGAAUCAGGAGAAAACUCCCACCUGUUGCUAUCUAUCUUGAUCAAGCACUUGGAUCAUAAGAAUGUUGCCAAAAAACCUAAUGUACAGAUUCAUAUUGUUGACAUUGCCACACAACUCACACAAAAUGCAAAGCUGUGGGCCUCUGUUGCUAUCAUUGGUGCAAUAACUGACUUGAUUAAACAGUUACGGAAAUGCCUGCAAAAUGCAGCUGAAUUAUCUAAUUCUGUGGAUAGUAUGGUUAAAUGGAAUGCUGAUCUUCAAUAUGCCUUAGAAAAUUGCAUCUCACAGCUCUCAAAGAAGGUUGGUGAUGCGGGACCGAUUCUUGAUAUGAUGUCUGGGUUGUUAGAGAAUAUUUCAAAUAAUACUGUUAUUGCUAGAACAACAAUCUCAGCUGUCCAUAGGACUGCUCAGAUUGUCUCUUCCAUCCCAAACAUAUCAUAUCACAAGAAGGCUUUUCCUGAUGCUCUGUUUCAUCAGUUACUUCUAGCUAUGGCUCAUCCAGACCAUGAAACCCGAGUUGGGGCGCACAGUGUUUUCUCUGUUGUGCUAAUGCCAUCCCUGGUCUCCCCUUGGUCAGAUCUGGGAAAGGAUACUUCACAAGCUGUUUCUGGCAUCUUGCCCUCUGCGUCAUGGAAAGUAAGGAGUGGAAGUUUCUCCUUUCAGGAUGAAAGUAAAGAGAAAGAAGAACUCAUGGAUGGAGGACUGCAAGAGGAAAGUCGGGUACCCGAUGUGGAUGUGAAACACUCUCAUAGUCAUUCAUAUAGCUUUAAGCGUGCUCUGACUGAUGGAAAAACAAUAACUUCCUUCCGACUAAGUAGCCAUCAAGUGAGUCUUUUGCUUUCAUCAAUCUGGGUUCAGGCAACAUCUGCAGAAAAUAACCCAGCAAAUUUUGAGGCUAUGGCUCACACUUAUAACAUUGCUUUAUUGUUUACGCGAUUUAAGACUUCCAGCCACAUGGCCUUAGUUCGGUGUUUUCAGCUUGCUUUUUCACUUCGGAGCAUCUCUUUGGACCAAGAAGGAGGCCUCCAACCAUCUUGUAGAAGAUCGCUUUUCACUUUGGCUUCUUACAUGCUUAUUUUUUCAGCGAGGGCAGGCAAUCUGCUAGAGCUAAUUCCCAUUGUUAAAUCAUCUCUGACUGAACAAACAGUUGAUCCAUUUCUUGAGUUAGUCGAAGAUAUCAGACUGCAGGCUGUAUAUGCAGAAUCUGGUAAGAUGAAGAUAGCAUAUGGUUCAGAGGAAGAUGAAGUUUGUGCACUGAAAUCUUUGUCUGCAAUAGAAUUAAAUGACCAUCAGUUGAAGGAAAUUGUGAUAUCCCAAAUAAUGACUAAAUUUGCAAAAUUGCCAGAGGACGAGUUAUCAGGCAUGAAGGAACAACUUUUUGAAGGAUUUUCCCUUGAUGAUGCAUAUCCAUUAGGAGCUCCAUUAUUUAUGGAGACUCCACAGCCAUGUUCUCCUCUUGCACGAAUGGAGUUACAGGCCUUUGACGAGGUCAUGCCUUUGGCAGUCUUGACCGAUGAAGAGGCCUUUACCGAAGCUUUUGGAAGCCAGUCGGAUAGAAAAACAUCACUAUCAAUUAAUUCACAUGACGUUCUAAGUGUUGAUGAGCUUUUGGAAUCGGUUUUGAAAUCUGCUCAACAAGUUGCAAGCUUGCCGGUUUCCUCUACUCCCAUACCUUAUGACCAAAUGAAGACCCAGUGUGAGGCCCUUGUAGCUGGCAAACAGCAGAAGAUGUCAGUGCUUAAAAGUUUCAAGCAUCAACAGGAAACCAAGGAAAUAGUUGUUUCUAGUGAAUUUGGGGGGCACAACAGCCCCACUUUUCCAAACAUGAAUGUGGGUCUUCCAGAAGGAAAUCUCAAGUUAAUUAAUAAGGAUCAAGUCCAAGCAAGGGAUGAGCUGGCCCUCUGCUCGCAUGAAUUUGGACGGUAUUCUUUGCGUUUGCCACCCUCAAGCCCUUAUGAUAAAUUCUUGAAAGCAGCUGGAUGCUAAAGACUUGUAUACAUGCAUUUGUAACCCCAUCUGCUUGCUUUUCUUAGCCAGGCACUUGGCUCUGCUAGUUUUUUCAUUCUUUAUAGUGAAAAUAUUAUGUAAUUUAGCAUUUGUUCAUACAUGUUUUCAUCAUAUAUAUAGUCAUCGAAAAUUUGGUUUGAUUACAUGCAUCUAUUCAACAUCCCCUAAGUGAGGAACUAGAAGUGAGGCUAGGAUGGAAAUCUGAGUUUUCGUUUGUAAAGUUACAUGAUUAUUUUGUUCAUUCCUGUAAGAUUUUGUUAACACUAGACUUGAUAUAGAAGGUCACAUAAAAAUGCUUGUGUAA